GUCAGCCUCCAUGAUUUCCAAAAAGUCGAAAAAUUGUGCGAGAAAAGUCUGAUUAUUGUCGAGAGACAAAUGUUAAGGAAGCUAGUAAAUAGAGCAGGCGCAUUCCUGAAAUCAACAAAGAUAUCUAAAGUGUUGUCUGGUAACGACGCAUUUGUAAAAAUGGCAGAAAGUCCAGAACCUAUGGCACUUAAACGUCCAGCAAUAGAGUCUGAAGAUCCAGAGGCAAAGAAAUUGAAAACUGAUGAUCCAAAGGCUGCUGAGGUUACAAGUGCUGGUGCGAAAAUUGUGGAAGUGAGCAAAGAUGGUGAAAGUGGGAAAGAAGGGGAGGUGACUCCCAGGAAGAAGAAGGUAGCAUUGUUCAUGAUGUAUUCUGGCGUCGGUUACUACGGCAUGCAGUAUCAACCAAGAGAUACUGGCUUGAAGAGCAUUGAGGGUGAACUGCUAAAUGCACUAGUUUCUGUUGGUGCCAUUCCUGAGGAACAUGCUGCACAUACACAGAAGAUGUCAUUUCAACGUGCAGCUAGAACAGACAAGGGCGUUUCAGCAGCUGGGAAUUGUGUCUCAAUAAAGCUCUUUUAUAACAUACCCAACCUGAAAGAAAAGAUCAACGCAGUACUUCCUGAACAGAUAAAAGUCAUAGAUAUCUUAAGGACCACAGCCGCCUUUGACAGUAAGAACUACUGUGAUUCCAGGACAUACUCGUACAUGCUACCCACAUUUGCAUUUACACCAAUUGAAAAUGUUGUCUACCGCUCAUUCAGAGCUCCAGAUGGAACCAUCAAGCGAGUGAACGACCUCCUAGGCAUUUAUAAGGGAACACAUAAUUUCCAUAACUUCACAUCUGGGAAAAAACCUCAUGAAAUGAGUGCCAAUAGGUUCAUCAUUGACAUAAAGUGCAGUGAGCCAUUUAUACAGGAUGACAUCGAGUUUGCAAUCAUCACAGUCAAAGGACAGAGCUUCAUGUUACAUCAGAUUAGGAAGAUGAUAGGCUUAAUGAUAGCAGUUGUGCGUGGAUUGGCAAGCGUGGACUGUAUCCAGAAGUCAUUUGGUCCUUAUAAAACUGAUGUACCCAAAGCACCAGGAUUAGGCCUGAUGUUAGAAAAGCUUCAUUAUGAUUCAUACAAUCGACGAUUUGGUAAAGAUGGUGUGCAUAUUCCCCUUGGCUUUGAGCGUUACGAAGAUGACAUCACAGAAUUCAAGAAAAAGUACAUCUAUUCCACAAUGGUUAAAACGGAGAAGGAAGAAAAUAGUAUGAUGAACUGGUUAAGUACUUUAUUCAGUCACAACUACGACUAUCGGGUGAACAUGGAGGUGCCUCCUCGGGCUGAGAUUGGAACAGGUCAAGCUGGAUUUAAGGCAGAGCGAGCCGAAGAGGAACAGAUGAAAGAGGAGAAAGGCAAAAAUGGUGAAAACGCUGCAAAUAUCGGACAGGACAUGAAAGAAACGGACUUAAAAAUAAGUGAAAAUGACUCAAAGUUGGAAUCGGACACUAAUGAUUGCGAAAUGGACUUUAAAAUGAAAAAUAUUGAGCCCAAAUGCAGUGAUUCCGAAUUGAGCAAUGUGAAUUCAGAGUUACCUAAGCCGGUUGAAGCUCCAUCAGAUGGGUUAGAGGCCGGGGCUGGUCUGAAAGUGGUGUCUGAGAAAAGCUGAGAGAUGGGGGUUAUAUCUAAUUGUGGUCAGUUUGUUAUGUCAGUGGGUUAGUCGGUCUGGGGUUUCCUGGGAGGGUUGAAUGCCAGUCACUUUCCAUUUAUAUUGAAGAUGUCGAUAUUUUGUAGAAAAGAAAUAAACAAUGGAUUCAUGCAUUUUAUUA